GGUGGGUGCUCCGGGUUCCGCGAGUGUCCGCGAAAAACUAGUGCCGCGAGCCAUCAUGGCGAACCCACGGAAAUUCAGUGAAAAGAUCGCGCUGCUGAACCAGAAGGAGGCGCAGGACUCGGCGGCUUUCGAAGCGAUCAUGAAGGAGGUCUCGAACGUCACGAGCAGAGUGGCCUCGGCGAGCAGCUCGGUGGGUGCUAGUCCCACGGGAUCCGGCGUACCGGAGACCCCGCUGUCCGUCAAGAGUGCCGGCGCCAGUCCACCGCAGUCCAGCGGCAAGCAUCUGCACAUUAACCUGGGAAAUCAGUUCAGGGCGGGUGGCUCGCUGCCGAACGUUAACAACAAUGUCAAUUGCGGCAACGACGCGAAAGAGCACUCCUCGCCGCAUCCCGGCGCGAUCCACUCGAUCGACCUUAAGACGGCGCUCAGCAAUCUGGAGGAGAUGCAGCACAACGCCAUGUACCGUGGCGACAACCGGAGCCGCAGCAUGGGGGUUGGACCCAUGCGAUCUCGCCCGAUGGAAAAGAGGCACGACACGUCGCCGUACAGCGGCGUGCCCUACCUGUCGCCACCGCCGCCGGAUACCUGGCGGAGAACGAACUCGGACUCCGCUUUACACCAGAGCGCGAACGAGGCUUGCCAGUCGACCUCCGCCAUACCUCAUCGACGAGAUCAACACGUUAUGACCGGAAGCGGAAGCGACAACAGAGAUUCUCACCACGGCUUCAUCGAACGACCGAGAUCCUCGUGCGAAAUGCCUAGAGUGCCUGGGAUUAACAUAUAUCCGAGCUCGCAACCACCGGGACAGCAAAUACCGAUAGGCAACAACACGGGGUCGUUGCCCGACUUGAGCAACGUCCACUUUCCGUCACCACUUCACACUCCUCUGGACCAGGAGGAUCAUUCGAGUAGUACGCCGUUCAGCAAUACCCAUUUAUCAGUGCCUGUUAACUCUAGGUUUCUUCACACGUGUAAGCAGGGUGUGGCAUUGGAAAACAGCACAAGUACUUCGCAACAGGAUCUUCAGAGCUAUCCGCAGCAACCGGCGCCGGCGGCGACGUCUCACAGCCCGACUGCUGGCCAUUACAUUUAUCAACAACCGCACAGUCCUGUGCCGCAGAGUCCAAAAACGUCACAGCAGCAGCAACAGCAGCAACAUCAACAUCAACAGCAUCAACAACAUCAACAAUCGCAGCUCAAUUCGUUGGGAUCGUACAGAUCCACGCAGUCGGUGAACAGGCCGUCGCCGCAAUCGUCACCUAGUCUAACCGUUCAAGGAAGUCCCUUAAGUUAUAGCAAUAAUCCAUCGGCGCCGCCUAGUCCUACAGGACAUCCGGGUCCACCCAGCUUGACGUCCGAUGCUAUCGAUCAGAAUACUUAUUUCAUCAAUCAGGCGCAAGCGGCAGCCCUCCAGCAGGAUUUCGAACAGUUCACAAUGGGACUGGAGUGGCCCAAAUUUGCGCAGCAGCUGAUGGAACUCGGUUGCACCUGGACCACGCAGAUAGAGAUGGACACGCCGGUGCAGGCGAACACGAUUGGGACGUUUAUCGGGUCACCAAAUCAUACUACGAAUUACACGCAGAACGACGUGAUUAAUGUCGGUGGCGAAUUAGGCAGCGCAGACACGGGAUACUUCAGCACGAGUCCGCAAAUGGCGUAUCAACCUGCGACGACAACGACCACCGCUACUCAACAGCUCACCCCGCAAACUCCAAACACACCUACGAUCAUUCUCACAGAUUUUUCUGGUGCGGAUGAUCUUACGAACCCGGAAUUUGUGAAAGACCUCGGGACGGCAAUGAUGGGUGAUUUUGACCCGGAAAUGUUCCCAUCGGACGAUGCCCUCAGACAGGGCCUUGAUCCGAUCGAUGUGGAUGGGCUACAAAUGCUCGCUGACCCUACGAUGGUUAUAUCGGAUUCCAGCGCCGAAGCCCACUUUAGAUUAGAUCGACUUUAAGGGAAGAAAUUUUACUCAUUUACCAACACUCGUGUCGACUAUUGCGUAGGAUAAAAUAAAUUCUGUCCUGGUGUCGUGAUUAAUUCUUAAGACACUUUGACAUAUUGGGGUACCACUUCUUGGGCACUGGCAGAUUUGCAGGGAAACGCGCGUCAAUAUGUAUAAAUGUUUGUAAAUUUUAUUUACAGCGUAUGAACUUAAGUAGAUUUAUACGCCAAAUAUUUUUAUCUCGUUAAAAUGCUGUACAUUUUGUUAUCUCAUAACCCAUACGUGAUGUCAGAUCUGUAUUGUUUUUGUGGAUAGCGUAUUUGUGUUUGAAAUCUUUCGAAAUAUUUUCUGGAAACAGGUCAGUGGUCAAUGAAAGUUGUUUCCCGCUCGUGAUAAACCGCUACUUGACGAUUAAGUAAUAUAUAUAAAUCUUUAUUAACCCUUUUUUUAUUUUACACUACUUUGUACAUUGUAUCAUGUAUGAUCUCUAAGAAGCACAAAAGAAAAAGGUUUACUGAUUUAUACAUGCUUUUAUCAUAAUGCAAUUAUAGUGAAGUAAUCUACCGUUUAGGCCAAUUUAAAGUUAGAAAAGACGAACGAUUAUGCUCCUCAAUGGGGAGUAAUUAAAAACGCAUAAAGAUAUAGAAGUGAGAGAGGAGGGAGAUGCCUAUCGGCGGUACACGCCAACAGCGAUCUAGAUUCUUAUGUUUCCUUUUCCUCAUUACAUCCUUGCGAGCAACUUACAAUCAUAAACAUUUAUGUUCGUAGUACCUAAUCUAUACGAAUAAUUGGUUAUAUUUUCCUCUCACUCUUAAUAUCGCGUUCGCGUUAUGCUACAAAUUAGUUUAGAAAUUUACAGGAUUGUAUUAUUGAACAAAUUUUGGCUCGGUUAACAUGCAUCGCAAAAAUUACGAUCGAAUCUGUGAUAUUGAACGAUUAAAUUUAAGAAAUUUAAAAGCAAUCUCACCGAAGAGAUCGCGUAAGAAUUUUCUCGGGAAACGGGCUUUUCUACGUUUCAAACAUGCAAUCCUGCUACCGCUGAUCAUUUCAUUUAAAGAACGGUUAAUUAUAAUUUCCAAUCUCUCCGUUAAUUAUUAAUUGCUUUUCCCAUCGCUGAAUAAACGCAGUGAUAAUAACGAGGAGGAAGAAAAUGUCAUAUGCGUGUACCCUCGGCGGUUGUCAAUUGUUUUUUGAAAGUAAUACAUUAUACUUUAUACGCAUUCGAUAGUUAAUCGGAUGUGAGAUUAAGAUAAUUGUUAAUAACUGUGAAAUCAAGAAGAUGACCCUUAUAUCUAGACACAUUGUAAGUAGCGUACCAUAUCUUUCUCGAUAACAUUCAAAUUCUUCGUUCUAGUUGAAGACAUAAUGUAGGCGAUUAGUGUUACGGAAUCAGGCUACGACAUACCGAAGAACGCGAUAGUAUCUAUGGUAUAGUGUAGUCUGAGUCUAACGGUGCAUAAUUCAGCACAUACACCUUUCACAUAAUAUUAAAUAGAUUGAAAUUUGAACAGACGUAAAUCGCAAUGAAAUCGCUAUCGCUAAUAUCACAUUCAUAUCUUAUAAAUAUAGAUCAUCCUCUGUCUGCAAGGAUAAAUAAAUAUAUGGAAUAGUGCUAGGA